GACUUUGAGUCGACGUGAUUCUUUACACCGGGUUUUUUUCUUCUGCGCGACCUCGACUUUCACAUACAACGCGACAGAGAGACAUUUUUGAGACGUGAUUCGGCCACUGCUGAACCGUCUCACCAACGGAUGGCUUCUUAGAGCACCAUAACUGACACACAAUUUACGCCUCACGAGAGUAGACACAUAAUAUCAGCGCUGGUGUGAAACUGGAAUUGGAAAGCGAAGCAACUCAGUAUGGCCUCUCACGAAAACUUUGCUGAAGGAUCUACGCGCCGUCGAUGGUCCUUCAAAUCCAUCAGAAGGCCCAAGUCAUCCUCCGUUAGCGGCCACGAUGCACCACCAAGGCCUGCUUCCUCCGAUUUGGCCGCCUGGCCUGAGCUGGCCGAUUCAGCUGUUGGAAACGCCUGGUCUCGGAUGUGCUCUCAGGGGACUCAAACUCCCAAUGGGGGUGAUGGUACCCAAGAAUCUGGGAAUGUUUGCCUGAGUGGCCCUCGGCCGCGAAGGAGGAGUUCGUCGACUUUGAGUUCCUUUGCCAGCAGCUUUCGCUCUGCUGUUCGCCGAACGUCCCUCUCUGUCAGAACUCGCCAUCUGCCUUUGACUGGUCAUAAUCCCCCUCAGGACGCAGAAUCGAAUGACACGACGUAUUCGAAAGGGUCGGGUAGGUUACAGCGUGCUGGCAGCGUCUCUCAUCAUCAACGCAAGUCUCUGGCUAGCCCGUCACUCGACACUACCCUUGAGGGAAGCUCGCUGUCUAUCUCCUCAACGUUGGUCAAUCAAGAUUCGUCGCCGGUUCCGGGAAAUGGGUCAGAGCCGCCCAAGCUUCCUUACGAUCCUUCGCGAGGAGCCGCUGCCCGAGCUGCCGCUGCUGCGCAGAACGAAUUACUUAACUUUGGCCGCGUGGCUCUCCUCAAAUCUGAGUACCUUCAGGACGAGGCAAUGUUCACACGAGAUUCGGAGAGUGGCAUUGGUGUCGAUCUUCGGUCCCCGCUGGAUGAUUUGCUGGAGCCAAGUCCAGAAAUACCGCGCAAAGAUCUCCUCGCUCAUUUCCCCACCGAGAUAUCGGCACAUAUCUUAUCAUAUCUGGAUGUUUGCUCCCUGGCACGGGCUGAACGUGUUUCCUACGCGUGGCGCCGAGCGGCAAGGUCGCAUCACGUUUGGAGAGAAGUAUUCCACCGAGAGUAUAGGCGCAGGCCCGCAGAUCAAACACUUAAUUCGAUCCAUCGUCGCUUUGGCGGUGAGGGCAUUGGCAAAGUGGUUCCGGAUCAGGAUUGGAAGCGCAUGUUCAAGGUCCGCCGGGCGUUGGAGACACGUUGGCAGAGCGGCACCGCCGCGGCCAUAUAUCUGAAUGGUCACACCGACAGCUUAUACUGUGUACAGUUUGAUGAGGACAAAAUUAUCACAGGUUCGCGAGACCAAACGCUUCGUGUCUGGGACAUCCACACUUUUGAGUGUACCAAGGUCAUUGGCGCACCUGUCCCGUCAGCCGCCGUUGACGCACCGCCGUCGCCUCUUCAGCCCGGCCCCUUGACCGUGAAAACGCGGGGUGACGACAAUUCCUCGCAAUCAAUCCAAGCUUUCUUCAACGUAAACCCUGUGCGCACAACCCCGAGCGAUUACCACAAGGCUUCAAUUCUCUGUCUACAAUUUGAUGAUCGGAUUCUCGUUACGGGCUCCUCCGAUUCCACUUGCAUUGUGUGGGAUAUUCAAAACGACUACAAGCCAAUUCGACGUCUCCAACAGCAUACGGCUGGCGUUUUAGAUGUGUGUUUUGACGAGCGAUACAUUGUCAGCUGUUCCAAGGACAGCACAAUCUGUGUGUGGGACCGUCACACUGGCAAGCUGCUCAAGCGAUUACUUGGUCAUCGGGGUCCUGUCAAUGCAGUUCAGCUUCGCGGGAACCUCGUUGCCAGUGCCAGUGGAGAUUGUUAUGCCAAACUAUGGAACCUUGACUCGGGUCUCUGCAUCAAAGAAUUCCGGAGUUUGGAGCGUGGAUUGGCAUGCGUCGAGUUUAGCGAAGAUUCGCGAUACCUGCUUGCUGGCGGCAAUGAUCAAGUCAUCUACAAGUUUGACGUCAACAGCGGUGAGCUUGUUACUACGAUGCGAGGACACACCGGCCUGGUGCGAUCACUGCAUCUCGAUAAUGCCAAUCGCCGGGUCGUCACCGGGAGCUACGACAUGAGCAUCAGAGUGUUUGAUUAUGACACGGGUGAACUGAUUGUGUCGUUUCCUGGAUGGACGACGAGUUGGAUGCUUUGCGCCAAGUCCGACUAUCGCCGCGUGGUGAGCACGAGUCAAGAUGGUCGUGCACUAAUACUUGAUUUUGGAUAUCAGCUGGAUGAUAUCCACAUGCUCGAGGGCUGAGCUGCUGGACAGCCGCCCACUGUUUACAAUUAUUUCUCUUGACUAUAUUUUCCCCCCAUGAUCCAUCGUCACAUAGACUUUGUUUCUUUGACUUCAUUUACUUCUUCACCAACUCUUUUACGAGUGUAUUAUCUUUGGAUGGCGUUGAGGACGAAAAGUCUACUUGAGAUGAGGGCAGACGUUUCAUUAUAGGAGUGCAUGCAUUCCAGUCAUCUACACCUUUCUUCUUCUCCUUCUUUCCUGAUUCUAAUCUUGAAACCAAAGUUGUUUUAAUAGA